GUUAAUUUAUUUAUUAAUGUGCACGUAAAAUAUUGUUAAAUAAAUGUGAAGUUAAACUGUGAAUAUUUAAAGUAUAUAUUUAAAAAAACUUUGCUCUAAAAUUUAAGUGAUAGAGAGAGAUUUUAGUCAGACAAAAAUAGAUGAAAAAAAAUAAAUUUAAACUGGUGAUUUGAAUUUUUAUAUUUUUUAGUGUAAUCAGUGUUUAUUGAUUAUCGAUUUGACUAUAUCAAAUUGACCUUGAAACAUGUGAAUAAUUAAUAAUAAAUAAAGUGUAAAAGAAAAAUUGAAUAAUCAAAUUUUUAUUAUAAAAUACUUUUAUUGAUUUAUUUUAAAUUUAAUAAAAAUAAUAAAAUUGUUGAAAAAAUAAAAAUAAAUAUGCCAAGGCCAACAAGAGAAUCUUACAAUGGUGAACAAAAGCCACCGUAUUCAUAUAUAUCAUUAACAGCAAUGGCAAUAUGGUCAUCAAAAGAUAAAAUGCUACCGCUUGCUGAUAUUUAUAAAUUUAUUGCCGAUAGAUUUCCAUAUUAUCGUAAUGACACUAGAAGAUGGCAAAAUUCAUUGAGACAUAAUUUAUCAUUUAAUGACUGUUUUAUAAAGGUACCAAGAAAUCCUCACACAAAUCCGCCAGGUAAAGGUGCCUACUGGGCACUCCAUCCAGCAGCUCUAUCAAUGUUUGAAAAUGGUUCAUAUUUACGUCGAAGAAAGCGUUUUAAAUUACCAAAAGAAUGCAAAAAUGAUAGCAAAUUAUUAUCAGAACAUACUUCAAAAUUAACAACAGUAUCAUCAAUUGAUUAUCAUCAUAAUUCAUACUAUCAAACAAAUCAAUAUCACAAUCAAAGUAUUGCAUUAACACAACAACAGUUAGAUUUUUUAAAUAUGACAUCUGGUUUAAAGCACAAAAUACGCAAAAUACCAAAUUUAUUAUUAAAUAAUGAUGAUGAUAAAAUUAUUAAAAAUAAUGAUGAUACAACUAGUGAAUUAUUUAUGGAAAAAAAAUUAAACACAAUAAGGCCAAAGACCCUUGUAAAUUCAUCCAAGUCUUUCAACAUUGACAGUAUUAUCGAAACCAGUAACUCGAACGACCAACGGCCAACCAGAGAUGCUGAUGUAAGAGUUCCCAUUCCUGAAAUAAAUUCACAAAAUUUAUUAGCAUGGCAUAAUAGCAGUACACAGUAUCAUCCUAUAUCAAAUCCACUUGUUAAUUAUCCUCUUCAUCUUCAUCAAGCUGCUGCUGUUUAUGCUCUAGCAACAGCAAAUAUAUUUGCAUCACAAAAAUUUCAAAACAUUCAUGAAAUUGGAUCAACAACAUCACCAUUUUAUAAUAUAUAUCCUGGUCUUUUACACCUUGAACAAAGUCAUUUUUUAUCUGCCUAUCAAGAUGCAACAUUUGGACAAUCAUCAACAUCAUCAAUGAGAAAUUUAACAGCACCAUUAUUACCAACAAAUCAUAUUCCAAUUAUAAAUUCACCCCAUCUUGAAAUAACAGAAAUUCCAAGUUUUUCAUCAUCAGAUAUUUCCAAUGAUUUAUCACCAACUUGAUGCUUUUAUUUAUAUAAAUAAAUAUUUGUAAAUUUUUAACAAUAAAGUCGUUUAU